AUGAGCAGCAGCAAUAUUGAAGAUCGUGAAAGGAUAGCGAAACAGAUUGCAAGAACGAGCGAUUUGAUUCGUAGAAAGUAUCGUGAAUUGAAAACUGGUAAAAUGGAGGAAGAGAUUGCACUGGAAAAACACUUUAAGCCUGUUACUGAGCCGCUGAAGGCAAUUGCCAACAACACGUUAAAAAAUUAUGAUGUACACAAUAAUACAGAUAUCGGAAGCGGGCCAUUGUUCACGUCAAAUAUCAAGGAAUCGGAUAAAACACAAUCACAUUUAUGGCUAAAUCUUCCAAAACCAUCACAAAUAAAAAAACCUAGAUUAAGCAGUUUACUCGACGUGAAUCCGAUGACCUCUACACCGGUCUCUACAUCGAUUAGGACAGUACCAACAAUAAAAAGCUCAGUAAGAUUAAGCAGUUUACCCGAUAUGAAUCCGAUGACCUCUAUACCGAUUAAGCCAGUACCAGCAACAAGAAGCUUAGCAAACGAAGAUGUUUUUGAUAGUCCAAAAAGCUUAGCAAACGAAGAUGUUUUUGAAAGUCCAAAAAGCAGUUUCUCGACGUCUGUUCGAAGUCGGUUGCAAACGUCGGAAGGUGAAGAAACGUUGCGGAAUCACCUAGGUCCACUGAGUCAAAAAUACAUCGCGCCUGUAUUACGCGGUGAUGUGGAGGAUGGUAUGGAUCAUGUGUAUGGUGUUUAUCUCGACAGUGAUGGACCGAUGCUUGGUAAUAAACGUGUUGACGUGGGCAAUGCCGAUAACAUAAUUAUCGAUGGCAUACGAUAUUCUGGUACGCCCGGCCUUUAUGAAUUGAUAUUUAAGAAAAUUCCAGAUGACAACAUUUAUACUGAGGCUGAUGAACGCAAAUAUAGGGACAUACUGCUGACCACGAGUGCGCAUAAGUACAAACAUGAUUCGUAUGGUAAAACAUUAGGCAAUAAAGGAUACAAGUAUAACUAUGUAAUCAAGCCAUUAUUGAAAGAUAAAAAAGUUGGAAAGGGCGUACCAAGUUCCAUGAGAUUAACUAGCAACAAGAUUGAUUAUGUUCACUGGAACGAUCCCAACGAACUCGUAGAUCGGCUUCGACUGCUCGAGGCUUCGCGUCAAGCCGGUCACAAUGCACAUAACAAUGAGAUGUUAUCGAUUAUCGAGGAGCUUCGCGAGGCAGAACUCAUUAUAAAUUAG